AUGGCUACGGAAAACGCUCCAACGGCCGAGUCGGCCGCAAAGCUGGCGAAGCCUCUCGGCAUGCGCAAAAAUGGCAAGCACUGGCAUGCGCCGAAGAAGGCGUUCCGGCCAACAGCAGGCUUGACGUCGUACGAGAAGCGCACCAAGGAACGCGCUGCCAUGGCACAGAUGAAGGCCAAGGAGAAGGAAAUGAAGGCGGAAAAGGAAGCACAGCGCCAGCAACGGAUAGAAGCCAUUCGCGAGAAGCGAGCCAAGAAGGAAGAGAAGGAGCGGUACGAGAAGAUGGCCGAGACGAUGCACCGGAAGCGAGUCGAGCGGUUGAAGCGCAAGGAGAAGCGGAAUAAGCUCUUGAAUUCCUGA